AUGCUAUUGAUAUUUCGAUGUCAUCUCGAGAUUCCGGAAUCAAGAGCUUUGAAAACCAGAUCAGAUGCGAUGCCUUCAGAUCUUUGUCGAAUUCGGCCCAAAGAUAAACAUUGCCUUAUAGAGUAUAUGGCUCGGAACAGAUGGUCGCAUCAAAUCAGGUAUGUGUUUGACUGGGACUUCCAGAAAUGCGUCGAGAUCCGAUGGUCAGCUCACUGCCCCAAUGUGCCAGAUUCACCUGUCACUAACAAUUUCCCGACAGAACAAAGAUGUAAAGACGAAUGCUCCGGAUGGGCAUGAUUUUCUAGCAUUGAUUUGUCUUUCCUGUC